UGAAACGUGUAGAAAUGAAAGCGGGGGCGCGCGCUCCGCUCCUCCUUCCUGUCUUCAGCUGAAGCUCAGAAACAUCUGAUCAGAACCGACCGUUAAAAAGAGAAUAAAACUGAACAGAAGUUCAUCCAGCAUGAGAAGCACCGCCGGGAGACACUUCUGCCUGCUCCUGCUUCUAGUGCGUCUGUCAUGGGCAGAGGACACCAAGAGAGACCCGAGGAAGACCCACAAUGUUACUGUUUGGGGACAAGCAAAGGCCAGACGACUUUUUGCGAGGCAAAACAUUUCCCCGAUAGAGCAUCCUCACAUCCCUAAACACAGGUCCCAUCUCAUAGCUCCAGCACGCCGCUGCGGCCGCCUGAUGGAAAACUGCUCCUCCCACAUGCCUUGCUGCGACCCGUGCGCCUCCUGUCGCUGCCGGCUCUUUAACACCAUCUGUCACUGCUGGAGGAUGAAUCCCCUGUGCUUGAGGAGGACCUAGUGGGAGGACACGCAGAUGCUUGUGCAUUUCACACGAUUCCGUGGUCCACAUCAUCACAUGCAGUGGGGGGCGAAUUCAGACAAUUCUUCUAUUUUUGCUUAAAUAGGACCUUAAAUAUCCUCAAAUGGCAACGUGCAGUAGUUGUGAAUGAGGUAGUGAAAAGAGAGAGAUUUCUGAUAAGGGUGUCUCAUGUAAAAGAGCAGCACUGAUUCACACUUAAAGAUGCUGGAACCUUUGAUAUUUUGCAAAAAAAAAAAAAAAAAUGUACAAUUAUCUCUACCCAGAACAUCAUUUCUAACAAUCAUCAGUAACUCUUAUGCUGCAUGUUGGACCACCUACUGUGUGUCGUCUAAUAAAACCAGGUUCCAGUUAAUGCUGCUUAAAAACAAGGAUGUUUAACACCCAAACACUGUUUAAACUGUAUCACAGGGGCUGAAAAAGGUUGUCUUAUAUCCUUUAUGUUUUAAGACAAAGAAAUUCCACUGAUAAAUAUUGCUGCUUUUAAAUAUUUUUGUAUUCAGUGAUUUCUUGUUAUUAAUGCAGACACCCAAACAUAUUUACUGUACAACUUCUCAUCUUUUCUUAAAGAUUGCUUGCCCCUAAUUAUUCGUGUGUAGUUGUUUGUGUUGAAAGUGAAUAUUUUUGCUAUCUAAUAAAAAUGCUGUUAGCUGAU